UGAGCAACCUCUGUCUGCGGGCUCCUGCAUGUCACUUGGAUCCGUCAAGCCCUCGGCACACAAGCACUCCCUCUUCUCUCAACUUGCUAGGACGCGAAGCAAGCAUUUCUUCAGAUCCACCAAACCCUUGCCGACAUGAUAAAUAUCGCCUCGCUUCUCGAGAGAGGCAAUCCGAAUGGGUCCUCCAUGUGUCCCGCUCAGCAGCCACCAUCCGCCUCGUUCCCCGCGGCCGCAGCCGUAACGGUGGCCCCAAAUGGCCCGCCACCGGCUCCUUUCGCCGUAGCAGCUGGCCCGUCACCCCUCGGCGUUAUAGGUGGGGCCGGAGCUAGCAGACAAAGUGUUUCCGUUGCACCUGGCUCCGCGGAACCACAAGCGGCGGGGUCAGAUUUGCAACCUAGGAGCACUACUGGGAAACGAAGCGUGCCACCGCGCACGGCCGAGCCACCGGCAAAGAAGCAGAGCAAGUGGUCGGGUGAGGAGGACGCCCGGCUCAUCCAGCUCCGUGGCAGGAACAUAAAACAGAAGGGCGUCUCUACGCACCUUUUGGGCCGGAGCUCCGUCAGUUGUCGUCCUGAAAGACACAACGAGUGGAGUGAGGAGCAUAAGAAUACGCUCGCACGGUUGUACGAGAAGCUCAAACACGAGAUGUGGACGAAGCUGGCCCAAGAACUGGGAGUCCCCUGGCGUGCCGCCGAGGCUAUGCACUGGUAGCUAGGUGAGGCUGAUAUAGAGAGGCGCGCGCGACUGGUUUCAUUCUCUAUAUUUUCGAACGAACCGAACGGCCGACAACGAAUCUCCCCCGUCCCCACGGCCACGGCCACUCCCAGUCACACGAUCGCCUACUAGGCGACUCCGC